AAAACCAAAAUGCGCAUACGACCUUCAGGGCUUCCUCGUCGAUAUGGCAAACUUGUGCCUUCGAGGUCAUUCGCGACGACCGCGGGGACGCAUGCUGAUAAGCCGGUACUGAACCGGUAUAGUCGAACGGUCACGCAACCCAAAGCUCAGGGUGCAAGCCAAGCAAUGUUAUAUGCCACCGAAGGUGUAAACAGUGAUGAAGACUUCAACAAGCCAAUGGUCGGUGUAGCAAGUGUUUGGUACGAGGGUAACCCAUGCAAUGGCCACCUUCUGGGACUCGGACAGAAGGUCAAGAAAUCUUUGGUUGACAAAGGUAUCAUUGGAUACCAGUUUGGUACUGUCGGAGUCAGUGAUGGAAUCAGUAUGGGUACUUCCGGGAUGCGCUACUCUCUCCAGUCGCGCGACCUUAUAGCCGACCAGGUCGAGACUGCCGCAGGCGGACACUGGCUUGAUGGAGUGGUUGUCAUACCAGGGUGUGAUAAGAACAUGCCUGGUGUUUUAAUCGCUCUUGGUAGACUUAACCGUCCCGGUCUGAUGGUCUAUGGUGGCACCAUCCGUCCAGGAUCAUGUGAAAGUGCACCUCAACUUGAUAUCGUUUCGGCAUUCCAGGCGUAUGGCAAGUAUCUUCAAGAGGGCAAGACUGAUUCUGCCGAGCAUGAACGAUAUAACACCAUCAGAUAUGCUUGUCCAGGGCCUGGUGCUUGUGGCGGCAUGUAUACCGCAAACACCAUGUCAAGUGCCUCGGAGGCAUUAGGGAUGACCAUUCCUGGGUCAUCUUCUUUCCCGGCAGAAAGCCCAGAGAAAGUCAAGGAAUGUGCUUCCGUCGGGUCUGUCAUGCUCAAUCUCCUAGAAAAGAAUAUACUCCCGCGAGACAUUAUGACUCGAUCUGCGUUUGAGAAUGCUAUGGUGCUGACGAUGAUUCUCGGAGGCUCGACCAAUGCCGUGUUGCAUUUGAUUGCUAUUGCGCAUUCGGUCGGAAUCAAACUCACGCUGGACGACUUCCAGGCGGUGUCAGAUCGCACGCCGUUCAUUGCGGAUUUGAAGCCUUCGGGAAAAUAUGUCAUGGAGGACGUUUAUAAAAUUGGGGGCACUCCCAAAAUUCUGGCCUAUCUGCUGAAGAAGAACCUGAUCGACGGGAACAAUAUGACCGUUACCGGCCGCACGCUUGGCGAGAACUUGGAACGAUGGACCCACGAACACGGCGAGCUGUCGUUCACGGAGCAGAAGGUCAUUCACCCUCUUGAAGACCCAAUCAAAGAAACCGGUCAUCUGCGGAUUCUGAAGGGCAACCUCGCUCCUGGAGGUGCUGUGGCAAAAAUCACAGGCAAGGAAGGUCUGGGCUUCACUGGAAAGGCACGCGCUUUCGACACCGAAGACGAUUUUGUGGCCGCAGUCGAGAGUGGAUCGAUCAAGAAAGGAGAAAAGACUGUGGUCGUUUUGCGAUAUCUCGGGCCCAAGGGUGGACCCGGCAUGCCUGAGAUGCUAAAGCCAACGAGUCUGAUCAUGGGUGCUGGGCUGGGGCAGGACGUCGCAUCCCUGACAGAUGGUCGAUUUAGUGGAGGGAGCCAUGGCUUCUGCAUUGGUCAUGUUGUGCCUGAGGCUCAGGUCGGCGGUCCCAUUGCUUUGGUCAAAGAUGGCGAUAUCAUCUCUGUGGACGCUGUUGCAAACACCAUCGAGCUGCGAGUGCCUGAGGAAGAGCUUGAGCGACGACGCAAGGCAUGGAAAGCUCCCCCACUCAAGGUUAGCAAGGGCGCACUGUACAAGUACGUCAAAGUCGUGGAAGAUGCAAGUCAUGGUUGCGUCACGGAUGCGUGAAUAAAAAGCUACUAGCUAUAGACCAAAAAGUACAUCUGCUGAACACAUCUAAUACAGUUGCUUGUCCUUGUUUAAAUUCUACCUUCCCCGUGCUGUUGUUUUCACUUUUCGUUUCUUCUCUGCUUUCGGAAUCUUGUGUUUUCGCUUUUCUCGGGCUUCAGCCUUCGUCGCUUUCUUGCGUUCCUAAAGUUUAGAGACAUUUAAUGACCGACCAUCAACUUAUGUC